GCAAUUUAUUCCCCGGUUAAUAGUGGAGGGAAAAAAGAUUAAAAUAUUUCCGAAAAUGGAAUAAAACGAAUUUGCUGGAAUCGUUGUUGGAAAAUGUAACCUUUGCUCCGGAAGCGGAAAUCGGGUCGCUGGUCGAGUCCGGCGCUCGGUCACUUUGAAACUUUUCCUUUAAUUAUUUUCACUCGGCCGAUAGAAUGGGCACCCGGGAUGAUGAGUAUGAUUAUCUGUUCAAAGUUGUGCUGAUUGGCGACUCGGGUGUGGGAAAAAGUAACCUCCUGUCACGCUUUACACGCAAUGAGUUUAACUUGGAAAGCAAGAGCACAAUUGGAGUGGAAUUUGCAACAAGAAGCAUUCAGGUUGAUGGGAAGACGAUUAAAGCGCAGAUCUGGGACACGGCAGGGCAGGAGCGAUACCGGGCCAUCACCUCUGCAUAUUACCGAGGGGCAGUUGGUGCCCUGUUGGUUUAUGAUAUUGCCAAGCACCUCACCUACGAGAAUGUGGAAAGGUGGUUGAAAGAGCUGAGGGAUCACGCAGACAAUAAUAUCGUCAUCAUGCUGGUAGGGAACAAGAGUGAUCUGCGCCACCUCCGAGCUGUGCCUACAGAUGAGGCCAAAGCCUUUGCAGAAAAGAAUGGAUUGUCUUUUAUUGAAACUUCAGCUUUAGACUCGACAAAUGUAGAGACUGCAUUCCAGACCAUCCUCACAGAAAUUUAUCGUAUUGUCUCUCAGAAGCAAAUGUCAGACAGACGUGAAAAUGACAUGUCGCCGAGUAACAAUGUGGUCCCCAUUCACAUGCCUCCAACUACUGAAAGCAAACCAAAGAUGCAAUGCUGUCAAAACAUCUGAGAUACAGAAGUUGCUGUCCAUUCCCCAUACUGUACCUGUGCAGUGCUUACAAUUUAUUCCUUUUGUUAUGUAAUUCAAAUUUGCUGAUUAAUGUGGCAAUUAUCUUAAACUUGUUGCUGUCUUUAUAAAAUCCGACAUGUUGAAUUAAUGUCAGCUAUGGUGCAUUUUUAUAUAUAAUAUAUAUUCACAGGUAGUGUAAAAUGGUUUUAAAACCAAACCAUUUUGUAAAUGAGGGUAUCAUGUAAAGUAAUGCUGUUUCUAAGUGAUGUUAGCAAUAGGGCAGAUGGAAUACGACCCCCCACAAGCCUUACUGUGGUAGAUGCUUUAAGAAAUGGAAAGCUUGUUUGGAUCAGGAAUGCUUAUGAAGUGUGAACAACACAGAUGGUAUUUCUUGUCAAUUCAUCAGUAGUUUGCCUCUUAUUUUCUUUCUUGUUUCCUGGCAUUAUAUGUAAUUGAUGUAUUGUAAAUUAUUUGUAUUUUAUGCAUGUACUAUGAUUAUCUCCUUUUUCAAAUUUUUAGGUUAUGAUGGUUUAAAAUAUAUUCUGUGUACUUGAAUAUUAAUUAAAAUGAAAUGGAAGGGGA